AUGUCUCUCCCGCUCCUCUUUCUCCUUACCCUCCUCGCCUCCGCCUCCCUCUCCGUCGCCGAGAUCCGCUCCACUCAGAUCCGAUCCAACGCCCGCCCCUUAAUCCUCCUCGACAAGUUCGGCUUCACCCACGACGGCCAGCUCGAGCUCAACGUCUCCCACCUCUCCCUCUCCAGAUCCACCCCCGACUCGCUGGAGCUCUCCAAGGUCGGAUUAUUCCUCUGCACCAUCGACGCCUGGGUGCACGUGCUCCAGCAAAUCGAGGAUGCGCAGAUCAAUUGCGUCCUCAGAUCUGACGCCAUCAAGCGCGGCUUCACCUUCGAUCAACUCUUCUCCCCCUCCAUCGCCGCCUACAAUUUCUCUUACGCUGAGUCCUCCGCCGAUCAGUACACGCUCAUCUUCGCCAACUGCCUCCCGCAGCUCAAGGUCUCCAUGAACGUCCGCUCCGAGAUGUACAAUUUGGAAGGGGGCUGA